GUGUCUUCACGACAGUCCCAGUGCCUUACGGCAGCCGGCUCCCUUACCGUCAGGCAGCAGCAUGGCGGAGGCUGCGCGGUGUUCCGGUGCUGAGGAGGAUUUAACGGAGAACCGGGAGAGUUCAGCCGCGGGGACAGACAGCGGGACACCGGGAGGAGCUGCUGCAGCCCGGGAUAAACCGGUGUGUCUGAUCGUGCUCGGCAUGGCGGGCUCCGGGAAGACUACCUUCAUCCAGAGGCUGACGGCUCACCUUCACUCUCUUAAAGCUCCUCCAUAUGUCAUCAACUUGGACCCUGCCGUCCACGAAGUCCCCUUCCCUGCAAACAUCGAUAUCAGGGACACCGUGAACUACAAGGAGGUGAUGAAGCAGUACGGCCUCGGACCAAACGGAGGCAUCGUGACGUCACUAAACCUGUUCGCUACACGCUUUGACCAGGUGAUGCAUUUCAUAGAGAAGAAGCAGCAGAAUCACCGGUACGUGCUGAUUGACACCCCGGGUCAGAUCGAAGUCUUCACCUGGUCUGCGUCUGGAACCAUCAUCACAGAGGCUCUGGCCUCGUCCUUCCCCUGUGUCGUGAUCUACGUGAUGGACACGUCCCGCAGCGUCAGCCCCGUCACAUUCAUGUCCAACAUGCUGUAUGCCUGCAGUAUUCUCUACAAGACCAAGCUGCCCUUCAUCGUCGCCAUGAACAAGACCGACAUCAUCGACCACAGCUUUGCAGUGGAGUGGAUGAAGGACUUUGAGGUUUUCCAGGACGCUCUGAACCAGGAAACGUCGUACGUCAGCAACCUGACGCGCUCCAUGAGUCUGGUGCUGGACGAGUUCUACACCAACCUGAGGGUGGUGGGCGUGUCCGCCGUGACAGGAAGCGGAUUGGACGAGCUGUUCGUUCAGGUGGAGGAUGCCGCCGAGGAGUACGAGAGGGACUAUCGGCCUGAAUACGAAAGACUCCGCAAACAGCUGUUGGAGGCUCAGAGCAAGAAGCAGCAGGAGCAGCUGGAGCGGCUCAGGAAGGACCUGGGAGCUGUCAACAUGACGAGCACACCUUCAACAGAGGAAGCUAACAUAGCCGGGCCCAGUGAUUUCAUCAUGACACGUGGUAACCCUGACGACAGCGAGGACGAGGAGGUGGACAGCGACACGGACGACAUCGACCACAGCGCAACGGAGGAGAGCAAAGAGACCGACGCUUUUGGAAACUUCCUGAAGGAGAGGAAGGAAGUGGUUCAGGUUCGAAACAGAAAGUGUGAGAUGCCUGAGGACCCCUGACCCUUGACCCCUGACCUCUGACCUCUGCAUCCUGACGUCCAACUGGGAGAAAAGACAGCGGUGGCGUGAAGGUGAGGGAAAUAAACAGCUUCCCAAAGGUUUCCCUCCGUGUGAUACAGACUAUCACCUGGAGCAGAUACGCUGGAAGUACAGUAUUUUUUUUCUCAGAAGAAAUCUGAACUCUUAGAGCUGAACUUCCUGUCCGAUCAGGUGACCCUUGACCCUGUGACCUCGCACAUUCAGAAAAGCUGAUUGGCUGCUCCUCAGUGUCGCUUCUUUCCUGAAAAAAAAUAAGUUAUAUUUUUAUAUUGGAAAAGACUCUUCUAUUCUGCUUUUCUUGUGUUUUUCAUGACUGUCGAUGUUUGUUUGUAAAAGCACUGAAAGGAUUUACGAUCUGCAAAAUAAAAGUUAGCUUUUAGUUGAAAUGUG